AUGAAGACCGCAGCUGCUAUGGCUGUACUCGCCGCUGGCGCCUCUGCCAUGCCAUAUGUUCGUCGCCAAGCCAGCUAUGGCAACGCUACCAGCACCGCGCCUAUCACCAACCCAGCUGUUUGGGAGAGUCUUCGUGGCAAGAUAAAGCACGUUGUCUACCUGAUGGAAGAAAACCACUCCUUCGAUAAUAUUGCCGGCUACUGGGACUUUCACCCUGAUAUCGACAACCUGCGAAACAUCGAAUACUGUAACGACUACACCAACCCCAAUUGGACUGUCUGGAAUGAGCCGCUCAAAAUCUGCGCCGCACCUUAUGAGGACGAGGUCCCUCUCAAGGAUCCGGACCACAACUUCGCUGGUGUAUCGUAUGAGAUUUACCAGAAGUGGCAGCCAGGAAAGAACGACACCCCUACCAUGGGUGGCUUCAUCGAGAGGCAGAGCGAGAAGUACUCCGAAACUCCUAGCGAUGCCUCCUUCGUCAUUAAGGGUUACAACGAGAAGAAGACACAGACCCUCGCCACCCUUGCCAAGUCCUUCGGCUUCUGGGACUCGUACCAUGCUGAGCACCCUGGCCCGACCAACCCCAACCGUCAAUUUGCCACUUCUGGCUCGACUUGUGGCUGCUGGCUUCUUCCAAAUUCCACUGGUACCGACUGUGCGGUGUCUAUCUUCGAGGCUCUUGACAAGAAGAACAUCACCUGGAAGAACUACUAUGAGACUGAUAUCGUUGACGCCUUCAUGUACAAGUAUGUCCAGGAGAACGCCAUGGACAAACUCGUCACUGCCGACAAGUUUUACGACGAUCUGAAGGAUGGUACCCUUCCUCAGUUCAGCUACAUAAAUCCUGAGUGUUGUACGAUAGAUUCGAUGCAUCCGACCUCCAACAUGGCCGCUGGUGAGAUGAUGAUCAAGCAUCUCUACGACAGCAUCCGCCAAUCGCAGUAUUGGGAUAGCACCCUGCUUAUCAUCAACUUCGACGAGCACGGUGGGUUCGCCGACCACGUUGCUCCUCCGGUCAACAUUCCUGCUCCACAGGAUGAUAUUACCUUCUCUGGUCUGUCUGAUAAGCACAAUGUCACCUAUGACUUCACUCGCCUCGGCGUCCGUGUCCCAGCUAUCGUAAUCAACAAGUACAUUAACCCCAACACUCUGAUCCACGACCAAGGUACCGACUACGCCUCCAACAGUGCUUACACCCACACCUCGUUCUUGCACUUCCUCCAGAACCUGUGGCAGCUUGAUGGGUUGAACAACAGGGUGCAGUGGGCUAAGACAUUCGAGUAUAUCUUCCAGGAUCAGGCUCAAGAUGCGCCUGAGAGCUUGCCGGCGCCGAUCUGGUAUGGCGGUUCUUCCACGCCCGAGCCAGUGGCUUUCUACAAGCUCAACCAACCAUACUCCUACUACGCUGCGCUUGAUGACUAG